UAUUACUAAUUAGUGUUGAAUAAAGAACUAAAUAUUUUGGAUAAUAUGAUGUUGUUGUUGUUCUGGACUUUAAAUGACUUAUUGACAGUGACACUCAUGUAUGCAGACAACAAGAGACCGAAAGUAAAGACAGUAUGAAAGUGACGUGGAAAUGCCCUAACUAAACACAAUACAAAAGGUGCAUGACGUAAAAAAAAACCAGUUUCGUAUGGUUCAUGGCAGAUUCCACGGGCUGUGUAAAAUAUAAUAUAAAAACGUUUUGAAAAUAUUCAAAUCAAAAUGGAGGAAAUAAUCCAGGAACACAUAAAACAUUUCCAAGAAAACUUCUCACAACAAUUCAAUCAUCUCUCUCAUCAAUGGAUAAGCUGUCAACUUCUUCAAAUUUGUUGUCAAAGAUUCAACAACCAGCCUCAACAGUUUCAACACUAUCUUGAAGAAACAGGCAAACUGUUACAGUCGAUGAAGACUGAGAAUUUUCCUGUAGUAAAAGGGAAAAAGAUCUUAGUUCAUUUUCUGGAGCUUCCACCUCGUGAAGUAGGAACUUUUUUCUUUCAGUUUGGAGUAUCAGAACCUGGCACGCUAUCUCUGAAAUUUGUUUUUGCUGAUAAAAGAGACAAACUUUGCAUCAAGAGCUCCUCAAUUCCCAAAGAAGAGUGGAAGGAAGCUUUCAAGUCCAUUUACUAUGCCAAACUGAGAAAAGAUGCCAAUUACCCUCAUCCCCAAGACCUUUUUCUUAAAUGCCUGGCAAUAGACAUGGAAACUAUGCUACCAACUGAAAUAUCAGUGAAUGAGCUGGAAAAGUACCAGGAGAAAUCUUGUGAUGAUGGAACCAAAAAGAAGAAAUUAAGUGUAACAUUGUCUAUAGAUAUAGAGGAACAAGAAGGGGGAGGAGAGGAGGCAAAUUCUGCUACAUUAGUCGGAGAUGCUGUCUUAAGCCAGAAAAAUGAUCGUGAUCGUAAGCAGCGCAAGCUUGGUCUCUCUGUAGAGGAGUCAGAAGGCUUGGAAAAAGUUGGAACAUCAGACACAGGAUCUCCAAGAACAGAUGACCUAACUGAAUUGCGUAAAGGAGCUGAGAUACAUGGGGUUGAAAACACAGAGAAACCUUCACCUGAAAGUGAUAAUGAAAUUGGGAAGAGUGUAACUCCUCAACUGGCCUCCCUGCAGCUUGGAUCUCAGUUACCUUCAGGUGAGUUACCUGGUGGGGAAGCUACCCCUGGUCCAUCAUCUGGAGAGCUGGCAAUGCCCACAGUCACUAACCCAGCAUAUCCACCACCUAAACGUGCUGUGCGACAGUUGAGUGAACAGGAAAGCAGUCAAGGUCCAGAAGCUGUAAACCAUCCUCACCAAAACCCAGGUUAUCCUCCCACAAAGCAAGCCAUCAAAGAGAUCUGUGGGGACAACAGAGGAGAGGAUGCUGGUAUAGGAAUGGAAAACACAGAGCAACCCUUAUCAAAAAGUGAUAUUCAGAAUCUGCAGAAAAAUAUCAGGAGUGCAGAGGGAGAAUCUUCUCAGUUGGAUGCCCAGCAGUCAGCAUCCAACUUACCUUCAGGCAAGCUGGCAGGUGUAGAUACUACUGAUGAUCCGUCUACUGAAGGGCUGGCAGUGCCCACAUCUACUAACCCAGCAUAUCCACCACCUAAACAUGCUGUGCGACAGUUGAGUGAACAGGAAAGCAGUCAGGGCCCAGAAGCUGUAAGCCAUCCUCGCCAAAACCCAGGCUAUCCUCCCACAAAGCAAGCCAUCAAAGAGAUCCAUGGGGACAACUGUAAUCUAGCAAGUUCUGCAGCCAGCCCUGAUAACACCGCCAUCCAAAUGCAGGAGAACACAGGAAAUAAUAUGGAAGAAGUAAAGAACCCUGUUACCCAAGUAGCUGUUGAACAACCAAUUACAUCAAAACCUGAUGCAGACCAAACAAUUAGGAAAGAAGUGGACUAACUGACCCAAAAGUAAAGUUGCUCUUUCCCUUUUCUUCAGAAUCUAUAAAAAACGCACAUGUAGACACAUUUGUUUUUUAAACUGUAUUUCACUUUUGUGACCACUAUGUAUAGUAAAGAUGAAUUCAGAAUCUCCAGUUUGAGACGUACUCUAUGAGGAGGUUGAUUUCAGCA